GACGUUCAUGAGUGGUCCAGAAAGAUUCGAGCACAAGGAAAAGAAGUUCCGGCUGAUGUGACUUUGUAUGAGUCAAUUACCCGUAAAGACGGUCAGUUUUUGGCUAAUUUAGGAGCUAAAGCGCAAGAGAAUAAAGAGCUUGUAGACAAUUUGAAGAAGGACAUUCAAUCGUACAACACGAUUAAACAGUUGCGUAUGACUGCUAUCAAUGCCUCCAACAAGGGACAGUUUAACAACUCUAUCUGGGGAGAAGGAUACCAGGGCUACGGCAAUGGCAUCACGAAUACUUCUACGAAACUAUUGCUUCCCGAGCGUGAUUUGACCGAUAAGGACAUCAACACGAAGGUUCUCAGAAAUAGCAAGAAACCCAAAAACUAUGUUCCUAUUAGGUUGGAGUUCGAUCAGGAACGUGAUCGUUUCAAGUUGAGAGAUACAUUUUUGUGGGAUUUAAAUGAAGAAGUGCUAUCGGUUGAAGCUUUCACGCGACAAUUGAUAGAAGACUACAAGUUUGUAUCGAAACAGCACUACGACACGAUACUAUCAUCCAUCAAAGACCAGAUCAACGAUUAUCAAAAGAGACCUCUCAAGACUAUGGGAGAGCUCCGUGUGCCUAUCAAGCUAGACAUCACCAUCAACAACACCCAGUUGACAGACCAGUUCGAGUGGGAUGUGCUAAACUACGAGGACAAUGAUCCUGAAGAUUUUGCCAUCUACAUGUGUGACGAAUUGAAUCUUCCAGGAGAGUUUACUACUGCCAUUGCUCACACCAUUAGAGAGCAGACACAGUUGUAUCACAAGGCAUUGACGUUGAUAGGAUACGCUUUUGACGGUACUCCUGUCCAUGAGGAUGAGAUCAGAAGCCAUCUUUUGCCAUCGUUGCGCUUGGUAGCUCCUGGUUUAUCUGUGGUCGAUGAUUUCUUUUCCAUCUUGAGGAACCCUUCGAACGUUGCCGACUACACUCCUUCGCUCAUCAAGUUGACCCAGCUUGAAGUAGAGAGGCAGGAGAAGGAAAUCGAGCGAGAUUCGCGCCGUAAGAGAAGACAUAAUGAGCUGGAAUUGCAGGCCAGUUCUACAUCUAGAACCAUCACUUCUAGAAGAAUCGCCGCCCAUGCUGCAAGAGGUGGCCCUGUACUUCCCGACUUGUCUGAUCUCCCCAAGACUUUCCGCACACCUGCUCCUUCGAGUAUAUUGCCUGGUGCAGUGGACUUGGGAGUACCUGAUGUAUUUGAGUACAACGAGAUCUACGUCAACAAAACACAGGUUAAAAACCCAGACUAUGUGCCCCCACCUCGUCCACCGAAACCUACGGUUGUACAGAACAACAGAGUCAGGUAUUUGCACGAUGUCAACCUGAACCGCCUUGUAGUGACAAUCCGGUUGUCGUAG